UGGAACGCUGAGCCAGAACCCUGGGGCGAUGCGCGACUCAUGCCCGGACAGCUCCCUGCCCUGCACAGUGCAAGCAGGAUGCGCGUUCGCAGUCAGGGGGAAGCGGAGGCUGCAGGCAGCCCUGGUAGUUGCCGCCUGUGUUUAGGCAGCAGGGGGACCGGAAGGGUAGGAGGAAGCUGGAGAGGGUUUCCUGAGAUGAGAGAUUACUUCCGUCCAUCCAUCCUGCCAGCCACCCUCUCCUCAGUCUGCAGCCAGCUGGGGGUACUGAGGAACCAGCACUGGGUCUCGGGGCAGAAGCAGCCACGCUUGCUGCAAGUCAGGGGAGUGUUCUUCAAGGGGGUGUUCUGUUGGCUCGUCACAAACCAGACCCAGAAGUCCCCGGAAUUUCUGAGCUCCCUAAAUCUCCACCCCAGAGCGAUGGUGGCCAAACAGCGGAUCCGGAUGGCUAACGAAAAGCACAGCAAAAACAUCACACAGAGAGGGAACGUAGCCAAAACCCUGAGGCCCCAAGAGGAGAAAUAUCCUGUAGGACCAUGGCUACUGGCACUGUUUGUUUUUGUUGUCUGUGGAUCAGCUUCAGGCCAUUGCUCCUUAUCUACCAUCUUCUGAGAAUGGAAUAAUUCCCUUUCUUCAUUUCUGUUAUUACCUUGAAGCUGUCUUUCAGAUCAUUCAGAGUAUAAGGAUGGGCAUGUGAGGAGCUGCGUAGAUUUGACAUUGCCUUUAUCAUCCAACAUGGUGGACCAGAUACAAUUUUAGCCUGACAUAAAUGUGAAGAGCUCUUGUCUGAGAGUACCUGUGUGUUUCCUCUUGAAUGGGGCGGACCAAAUUACCUGUUGACCUGUCAUAUCGGUUGCGUAUGUGUUUUAACUGCCACAGCAGAAAAGGACAUUUUGCUUUUCUAUUGACUUAAUGAGUUAACCACAUUGGUUAGCUGUCAGUGCUGUUCAGUUGAUUUCUUUCUUCUUUUACCUAAUGUAUUUAUGUGUGAUCAUGUCAGUGCCUGUUUUAUCUACUCUGUACAUUAUAAUUGUUUUA